AUGCCCUGUACAGAGUUAACUCAUCGGUUGACCUUCAUGGUUACACAGUGGAUCCGGCAUUUGGUUCUGACUCUUACUUUAACUGAAAAAAAUACAACUAGUGAAUUUAUUGCAGAAGAAAGUAAUGAGAAGUUUUGGCAUUUUCUGGAAACUGUACAGGAAUUAACAAUUUAUAAACAAAGAGAUUCAGAAAUUUCUUAUUACAACUUAAUCUUGAAGAAAGCAGGACAAUUUUUAUCCAGUUUGCAAAUCAAUCUCUUGAAGUUUGCUCUUUCCAUAAGGGCGUACUCACCAACUGUUCAGAUGUUUCAACAGAUUGCAGCUGAUGAAUCCCCACCAGAAGGUUGCAGUGCAUUUGUGGUUAUCCAUGAAAAGCGCACCUGUAAAACUAAUGAAAUUAAGAAACUUCUGAAGAAGGCAGCUGAGAGGUAAAUAUAAAGUAUUGUCUUAUACUUUCCAGCUUCAGCAAGAGUUAAUCAAACUCAUAACAUUACCAGUGCACUCCAUUGGAUCUCUUCAGCCAAUACGCUGAGUCAGUACUUGCUUUCAUUGUACUUUUUCCAGUCAGUACUGUUUUUGUUUUGGACUGCUGGACCUUGGUACCCAGGCGAUGGAGUAGAGAUUCUGACUGCUUUUCACUGAUAUAAUAAACCUUCCUCCCAACCUUGCUAGACGGAAUUCCCUCUGUUUGAGGUCUCCUGUAGUCUGUGCCUGCAGAAACUAGCAUAGCCCCUGGAUGAAUCUAGCCUGUCAGGUAAAUUCUGUAUAUAUCAGAAUUAUGUACUAAAUACAUAUGUACAACUAGCAAGGACAAUCACACUUACAAAAGAUAUAAAGAAAUUAAUGUACGUGGUCUCUAAGAUCUGUAUAGAGAGUUUGGGAAUUUUUUUUUUCUAAUCGUCAAUGCUAUCAUAAGUUUGGGAAGCAGUGCAGAUGAUACCUUCAUUUCUUUUUAGAGGUAAUUAAAACUGAAAGACUCACUUUCAAGACACAUAUCCAGGACUUUAUGUAUAAAAUAUAAAUGACACAAUUUCAGUUAUACACCUAUAAGUAUACCUUUUUGGAUUCUGUUGAUUACAAAAUGCUUUUGAGUUUUACUUACAUGCUUUUUCCCCCUGUGACCACAGCCUCUUGUUGAAUUACAGUAUAUAAUUUGGUUGCUUGCUUGUUGAAUAUCCAUGGUUUCCACCUAACUACUGGGAACUCAAGUGCGUUUCCUGCUUUGAAAACUUUCUUCUAAUUUAAAAGUAUAUAUCAAAAUAUUGUACCUUAAAAAAAAAAAAGUCAGUUAUUUUGCCCAUGCAGUAGGACAUUUUGAGACCUUGACUCUCACCUCCAGCCUUUUUUAUAAACUCUUGGGAAUUAUUCUAACUACUACUGCAAGGUGUUUUCUGCCUAUUCAUAUUUGCAGAGAUACAUCUUUAACACUAAUGAGCUUCAAGAGCCCUCUAGGAAAAUCGUGACCAAAUAACUCAGGAAGCAUGCUCAAGUGCUCAGAUGUAAUGAGUUGAACCAAAAAUAAUCAUGAGACUGACUUAAAAAUCAGGAAAUAGAAAAACAAAUGUGUGAAAUAGUAGAGGGGUGGUGGUGAUUUGCCUUUUCAUUGGGGGGUGUUUAGAGUAUGCUCAAGUCAGAUUAACAAGCUUUCCUCUACACCUAUGAGUGUUAGACAAACACUUUUUAAAGUGAAAUUUGGGAAGUUUUCAUAAUCAGAGGAUUCCAGAAACUGGGGUUUAAGAGAAACAACAAAUGUUAGGAGUCUUGUGAUAAAAUGUGAGUUGGCAAUUGUGGAACAUCUAAUAUAUAAAGGAGAAUGUUUGCAUGUUUGUGCUCUAAUAACUUGGACACUAUGGCUGUGUCUACACUGGGCCACUUAUUCCAGAA